AUGGGCCAAGCAAAAAACUGGGCUCCAAUGGGGCUGUUAUAUUGUCCCAAAAAUGAUGGCCUAAGCUUCCAAGAAGCGAUGUUUCAAUGCUUGUUUGCCCAUUGCCAUUUGGGGCCCAGAAGUCCAACUACCAAUUUCGUAUACAACAAAGUCACGGAAUUGAGAGUUUUGGGUAGUCAAUUGGAACCUAGCUAUAAAGUGCAGCCGAGAUCUAUUGUGGAUAUGGAUUACUUCAGCGAUCUUUUCGACUAUCAUUCGCCAAGCAGUUUCAGUGAACAUGUGUUCAAAUCACGACAAUCUUUGAUCGAUUGGGUUCAACAAACUAGACGUGAAUUGGGAUAUGUCAUCGUCAUUUAUAGAUCAAAUAUUGGUGGGCUCGAUAAAAAACAUAAAUUACACUUCAAAUGUGAUCGCGAUGGCAAUUACCAAAGCAAGAAACCCUCAUUGAAGCAGAUUGGCACCAAAAAAAUAGAAUGUCCGAUCCAAUUGAGAGGGAGUAAAAUGAAGCACGAAGAUGAUUGGAUGGUGGAGGUGGUGUGUGCGGAGCAUAACCAUGAUCAAGCAUCAUAUAUGGAGGGACAUUCGUACCCUGGUUGGCUUUCUGAAGCUGAAAUUCAAAUUAUGGUUGACAUGUUUGUGCAAAAUGCCAAGUCACGGGACAUAUUGACGGAGUUGAAAAAGCGAGAUCCAAACAACGUGAGCACCAUCAGAACUAUAUACAAUGCACGUAAGAAGCACAAGACCGCUGAGAGAUCGGGUCAAUCAUGGAUGCAAUUUGUGUUCUCAUUCCUCAAAGACUAUGAAUACUUUUUCGAUUAUCGGGCAAACCAUACAACCAAUGAGCUUGAAGCUUUAUUCUUUGCACAUCCUAGCUCGCUAGAUCGAUUACGUGCAUUCCCGGACGUGUUGUCGAUGGAUGCGACAUAUCAAACCAACAGGUACGGGUUGCCUCUCAUAGAAAUUGUCAGUGUUACUUCAACUAGUCAGACUUUUUGUAUAGCGUUUGCAUAUUUACACUCAGAAAAAGAGGCCAGUUAUACAUGGGCUUUGGAAUGUUUGCGACCUGCAAUGCAUAGAUGCACUAGCCCACGAGUUAUCAUUACGGAUAGAGAGUUGGGACUAAUGAAAGCGUGUGCUCAGUUUGAGCGGUCGAAAGAUGUUGGACAAAUUGCUUACAAAUGCGGAUGUCACCUUCGUAGGAGCUACGGACUACCGUGUGCUCACGAACAAGUCAUGUACGUGAGCAAGGGUCAUACUGUACCGCUUGAUGCCAUUGAUAAAUUUUGGGGAAAGCUUGAUCUAUUGCCUUGUCAGACGCUUGAGGAUGAUGACAUCGAUAUAGUGCUGAUACCUGCAACAACUUCUCUCCGUGAACCGGCUGUGAAGACCAACACUAGAGGGCGUCCGUCCACAAAGAAAAAGGUAGCCACCACCACCUGUAACAAUCCAGCUGCAUCUGUUGUCGAUAGGAGUGAAUUUGUUCAGCCUCAGGAGCCUAACAGACGCAAUUCUUCAUCGGGACGACCCGAAUCGAAGAUCUUUGAGUAUGAUUUUUUCAACUUUAAUGAACCAACGAGACAUAGUUUUUCCAGCUAUACUGAUCUUUACAUUAGGGAUGUACAAGAUGUAAAAGCAGAUGGAAAUUGUGGCUUUCGAUUGAUAGCUGUGUGUCUUGGUCAUAGGGAAGAUGAAUGGCCCAAUGUUCGAUGA